AUGGGGGUGGUACUCUCACCCCACCCUGCCCCAAGCCGCAGGGAGCCCCAGGCGCCCAGGCUGGCGCCCGGGACCCGCCCUGGCCGGAGCCCUGCGGUUUCCGGGAGCUCACGGUCGGCUCUGCGCCCCUCCACCUCCGGGCCUGGGCCUGGGCCAGGGACGGGCUGGGGCGGGACUGCGGCCUCGCGGGGCUGGGUCCCUGCCCCUGCCGUGCACUGCGCGGCUCCCCGCGCCGCAGCUGGGCACCAGCGCCACCAUGGACCGCCCCCGCGCCCGCCCGACGGCGCCCCGCCGCCCUUUAAGAGCCGGCCUGGCAGCCCAGCCCCAGCCGCCCAGACCGGCGAGACCAGCCUGCAGGUGCAGCCCCAUGGCGGGCCACCAGCUGUGCCAUUCGUGGUGCCCCCAACCCUUCAAGGCCAAGAUUGGGUGCCCCUGCACAGUGGAGAGUGGGCCCAUGCCCCUUGGGACCCCUGCCUGGCAUCAGAGCUGCUGCCUCACACCCACAGCGGCGGCCUUGGAGAUGCAUGUACUGUGGAGGCCAUCAACCCAGAGCUGUACAAGUUCCCAGAGGACAAAAGUGAGACCGACUUCCCUGACGGCUGCCUGGGGCGGCUGUGGUUCUCAGUGGAAUACAAGCAGGAGGCCGAGCAGCUGCUGGUGGGCUUGAUCAAGGCACGUCACCUGCAAGCCCCCUCGGAGACCUGCAGCCCCCUGGUGAAGCUCUACCUGCUGCCCGAUGAGCGGUGCUUCCUCCAGUCCAAGACCAAAAGCGAAACCUCCAACCCACAGUUUGACGAGCACUUCAUCUUUCAGGUGUCCAGCAAGACCGUCACCCAGAGGGUGCUGAAGUUCUCCGUCUACCACGUGGACAGGCAGAGGAAGCACCAGCUCCUGGGCCAGGUGCUCUUCCCCUUGAAGAAUGAGACCCUGGUGGGGGACUGCCGGCAUGUCAUCUGGAGAGACCUGGAGGCCGAGAGCCUGGAGCCCCCCUCGGAGUGUGGCGAUCUCCAGUUCUGCCUCAGCUACAAUGACUACCUGAGCCGCCUGACAGUGGUUGUGCUGCGUGCCAAGGGCCUCCGGCUCCAGGAGGACAGAGGCAUUGUCAGUGUGUUUGUCAAAGUGUCUCUGAUGAACCACAACAAGUUUGUCAAGUGCAAGAAGACUUCAGCUGUGCUGGGCUCCAUCAACCCUGUGUACAAUGAGACCUUCAGCUUCAAGGCCGAUGCCACUGAGCUGGAUACCGCUAGCCUCAGCCUGACCGUGGUGCAGAACAUGGAAGGGGACAAGAGCCAGCAGCUGGGCCGAGUGGUGGUGGGCCCCUACAUGUACACCCGCGGCAGAGAGCUGGAGCACUGGGAUGAGAUGCUCAGCAAGCCCAAGGAGCUGGUGAAGCGCUGGCAUGCGCUCUGCCGCACCACGGAGCCCUGACCCUUCGCCCAGCACCGCGGUUCCGCUUUGGGAGCCGACCAUCCUCGCAGUUGUACGUGACAGCCACAGCCACGCUCAUGGACAUUUCAUCCAACAGCUCCCUGAGCUGCCAGGCCAGCCCGAGCCAGGAGGACGUAAGUGCUGAUGUGCAGGAGAGAAGAGGGGACAAAGAAGCCCUGGCCUGGUCAGCGACUCUGGCCAUACAGCCUUCUGUAACACUCCCUCCUCCUUACCUGCGGGGUUGCCUGGGCUUGGAAUCCCGGCUCCUGGUCCUCACAGCCCUGAUUUGGACCAGAAUCUCAGGUGCUCAGAUGAAAGAUCCUGUUUAGUGAUGACUCACCUCUACCUGCUGAAUGGACGUGCAGGGUAAACUUGGGUGCCUCCAUCUGGGAAAGGUGAUGAUGUGUUCAUGCAGUCGAUGACCCUCACUGCUUUUUCAGCCAGGGUUUCUCUGCCUUCUGCCUGGCAGAGAAAACACACUGCUAUGGGGAAAAUCGCAGGGAGGGCGCUGUGACCAGCACGCCCAGGCACCAAGUGUCGGCAUGGCUCACUGUGCUGGGUGAAGGCCUCCCUGAGCAUUAGGUCCUCCACGGGGCUGUGUCAAAUGCCCUCCCACAUUGUGCCAAGUCUGCCCAUGGCCCACCCUCCCCACAGUCCAAAACCACACAGCCCUAGUUCUCCAGCUGUUCUGCUGCUGUUUCUGUGCUCUCCCUGAUUAACAGCAUUCAGUUCCUGGGCUCUCUCUUUGAGCAGGAAAUGGUGAAAGCAUGUGGCUAUGGUAUAGCUCACAGGGCUGAGAUUGCUGUGUUGCAGUAUUGAUGUAAAAUUUGUUAAGAAGGAAGUACCCACAAAUCACUGCCGUCAACUCCCCAGAAGCUGCACUCAAGCUAGUGAGCAGCCCUUGUGCUUGUCACAGUUACUGUAACAGGCAGUGUGUAUUUGCACCUGGCACAGUGCAGCCUACACGUCAGCACGUUGUUUUGCAUAACUGACCAGCACGUGGAACCACUAUCUGUUUCUCUUUUUUCCUUCUUUUUCUUUUUUUUUUAAAAUUUUAUUUUUUUGAGACGGAGUUUCCCUCUUGUCACCCAGGCUGGAGUGCAAUGGCGUGAUCUCGGCUCACUGCAACCUCUGCCUCCCAGGUUCAAGCGAUUCUCCUGCCUCAGCCUCCCAAGUAGCUGGGAUUUCUGGCGCCCACCACCAUGCCUGGCUAAUUUUUUUUAUUUUUAGUAGGGAUGGAAUUUUACCAUGUUGUCUAGGCUGGUCUCAAAUUCCUGGCCUCAGGUGAUCCACCUGCCUCAGCCUCCCAAAGUGCUGGGAUUUUAGGCAUGAGUCGCUGCACCUGGCCCGGCCAGGAUCUUUUUCUUAUGCAGUGAAACAACUUUAGCAAAAGAGGCAAUGAAUGUUAUACUGAGUUGGUACCUCUUUAACUCCACCUCCAAUUUCUGUCAAUCUACAAAUACAAGUGUCACCUGGCAGUGUUUCAUAUGAACAGAAUAUCUUGUGUUUGCUUUUGUCACUUAUUUCACUUGCACAUUUUCUUUUUUUGUUUUGUUUUUUUUGUUGUUGUUGUUGUUGUUGUUUUUUGAGAUGGAGUCUUGCUCUGUCGCCCAGGCUGGACUGCAGUGGCGUGCUCUAGGCUUACUGCAAGCUCUGCCUCCCGGGUUUACUUGCGCCAUUCUCCUGCCUCAGCCUCCCGAGUAGCUGGGACUACAGGCACCCACCACCAUGCCCCGCUAAUUUUUUGUAUUUUCAAGUAUAGACGGGGUUUCUCUGUGUUAGCCAGGAUGGUCUCGAUCUCCUGACCUCAGGAUCUACCCGCCUCGGCCUCCCAAAGUGCUGGGAUUACAGGCGUGAGCCACCACGCCCGACCCACU